AUGUUGACUUCCGAGUUCUCAUUACCUGCGCAAACUCCCCUGUCAGGUGAAAUGCCCAGACCUGAUGGGCGAUAUCGAAACCACUACCCGACACUGGAUUUUUCGUCACCCACGCAUCCCAAGACUCUGGAUCAUCUUACCCUAAGUUCUCAGCAGAUCGAUUCUCUGUAUUUUAAGAAGUAUCACCCACCUGUCCCGCUGCUGGACCCAACAAUCCCUCCUAACAACUACUAUGAUCGAUCUCCUCUGCUCUUUUGGACAGUGGUCUAUAUCUCGUCACGACAAUAUGCAGAGGAGCCCGGCCUUUUGGGUAUGCUCACAUCACCACUGAAGCAGCUUCUGUGGGGUACUAUUUCAAACCCUCCCCACACAUGGUACCUCGUGCAAUCGAUGUUGCUCUUUUGCAUGUGGCCGUUUCCGACUUCUUCCCUUUGGAAUGACACAACUCCGAUGCUAGUGAACCUUGCUCAGACCAUUGCAAUGCAGCUCGGGCUGCAUCAGCCGGAAGCGAUUCAGGAUUUCUCGCGCACCAAGCAGAAACUGACUGCUAGAGAAAUAUCAGAGGUUGUUAAAACAUGGUCGAUCUGCUACAUUGCGUCUCAAAGCAUGACCACUAUAUAUGGUCUAGCGUUGCCAUCCUCGGAUUGGAUGAUCGAUCGCAUAUGCGACCAAGACAGCACGUACAUGGUCCCGGAAAACAUGAAACAUCAGCUCCUGAUUUAUCGCUUUUCCGCCCGUCGCGGUCACUGGAAAGAAAAAUCACAGGCAAGUCUCCGUUUACCUCAGCACACGGCAGUCCUAACAUCCAACUUACGAGAAGCCGACAACGAUGUCUUACUGAAUGGAACCGGGCUGCAGCUCUAUGUCUUUUACCUACUGGAUUCCGGAGGCUCAACAUCCCGGAAGAUAGCUCUUCUGAGAGCAUUUGACAUCGCGAAGACUCUAAUAGCCAAUCUCCGACAACUGGAUACCACCUCUAACUUCAUGAAGCAUUGUCCCGCGUCCUACUUUCGAGUGACCUCUUUGGUAGCAUUGUUUAUUCUCAAGCUCCAGGAUUCCAACUAUGCAGAGCUGUUGGACGUCGAGAGCGGCAAGCGGGCGUUUAAUGCUGCACUCUUUCUUCUUCGUCAGGCAUCCUUGGAAGAUAGUGAUCUACCCGGCAGAACAUCUAAUAUCUUAGCCCAACUCUGGAGUCGACAGGGCCACUCCAAACAGAGUGGAGAGGAGCCCCGAUUGAGGCUACGGACGCGGCUUUCCGCUAGUCUUCUGCACGAUCAACUCUGGUCUUGGAGAGAGAGCUUCGGCGGUCAAGUCUCUGCCUCUCACACUCCGCCCGCUGAUAAUAUCGGGCCUCAGUCUAUGACUACACUUCCUGAUGGAGGUUUAAUUGUGCCAACGCCGGAGGAGGGACACGUGGAUCGGCUCACAUUUGAAGAAGUCUUCGAUACCGAGAUGCUAUCCUUGCUUCCCUUUGACCUCGAGGCGGAUGCCUCUUUGAACCCAUUGACUUCGUUUACCGAGGGAGUCCCUUCCCCAUCAAAGGUUCUUUAG